AUGGCACACACGGUGCGCAAUGGCCCCAUCCUGCCUGUGUCCGUAUGGACUGGGUCAGAAGUCACAGCCGCGACGACACAACAACACCAGGCACAUGUCGUCACCCCGGGGACUGGGUCAGAAGUCACAGCCGCGACGACACAACAACACCAGGCACAUGUCGUCACCCCGGACACGAAACCUUUCGAGUGCCCAGCGUCUGGCUGUAGCGCCCGCUUCACUCGUUUCGACUCUGCCAAGCGUCACAUCUGCACGUCGCACAAAGGUGCUGACGUUGCUGACCUUCUGCAAACGUUCAAGAAUAACAGCAACGAGGUUGCCAUUGUGUACCCAUGCCCCGAGAACACAUGUACACAGACCUUCAGCAGCAGACAGGCGCUCUCCAGGCACCAACUACGCGACCACGGAAAACAGAAGGCGCGUGGUCAUUUUCAGUGCCGGAGCGGUUGCGCAGAUGCUGCGUUUUGUACCGCGAAGGAACUCAUGCAGCAUGUUAUUACGGAUCACGACGCCUCAUGUUGUGUCGUGCGUUACUACGCCUCGUGGAGCAGGUUCGAGUCGUGCAUCGCCGCGGCAGAGUGUGACGACUUUGCCCUCGUCGAUUACGUCAAGCGUGACCACACCUGCUGCUUCCCACCAAAAGCUGCCGCGUGGGGCCUCGAACAUGUACAGGUGGAAGAAGAAUUCGUCCGGACGUGCUCUCGGCAUGGCAAUGAGCGACCAUAUCAGGGCACAAUCCGCGCUCACCGUGCAAAGGCGCCAAAACCUGUUGGGUGUUGUCCAGCAAUGAUGUGGGGGCAGGUCUGCAAAGGCGGGCGAGUGCGGGUGGUGAUGUUCAACUACCACUCACAUUCGAAGGACCUGCGUCACCUACAGCUGCCAGGCGUGUUUCGUGCAGAAGUGGCACGUCUCCUUCGUGUCUCGGCGUCUUACACGGCCAUUUAUCAUCAGGUGAAGGCGACCUUUUCCUCGCAUCCACGUAUCAGCAUUUUCAAGCAAGCGCAUGUCUACAACGUUGCUCAGGAGUACGAGCCUGGGCGCUUUGAUGCGGAUGACGCCGCUUCUGUGUGGUACGCUGCACAAAUCUACAACAAGGAGGCUGGCGAGCACACCCCGGUCAUCACAGCCUUGAAGCUUCAAGGUCAGGAGGCGUUUGAGUUUGGCGGGCCCGAACAGCGCGCCUCAGGCGAUUUCCCGCAAGAGUCACUAUUCAUCCUUGUGCAGACUGAGUGGCAGCGACGCGUGCUCAAGGAGUGUGGGCAUCGUGGCAUUUUUCUUGACUCAACACAUGGCACAAACAUGUACGACCACCCGUUGAUUAGCGUGGUGGUCGAAAGCGUCUAUGGAUGGGGAAUACCUGUGGCGCACGCCAUUGUGAGUCACGAGACGAUCGGCGUCGUCGCACACUUUCUACGGAAAGCGGUUGCAGACCACGGUAUCACUCCAUCGGCCGUGAUCACGGAUAAGACGUUUGCCGAAGGUCGCGCCGUGGAUGAGGCACUUCCCAACUCUCGCUGGCUUCUUUGCCAGUUUCACGUGAAGCAAGCUUGGAAAUCGGGGCGUGCUGACUACCUGCUGCGCCGCUUGCUCUCAUUCGCGGAGGAGCAAAGACAGAAGGUUCUACACGCUCAAGUCAAUGGAGUGGUUACGAAGGCACAACGCUGCGCGUCAUCGGCACUCAGCAUCGCUAAGCAAGCGGGUCCAAGUGUUGAUCGCACCAGUGACUUGUCGUUCACAGUGUCAUUCCCUGACAAGGACCCAAAGGCUGUCACCAUGAGAGCUGCGUUUACGUGCGAGUUCUGCUCCCGCGCUGACUGCAUCCACGUCUAUGAGUGCGUGUGUCCUGCGUACAAGGGCUCUCCCCCUGUAUGUAAGCACACGGCUGCGGUUUUCAUUCACACGACGGGCAGCACCGACCGAGCCACAUCAUUUCCCGUCGCUGCCCCAACGCCAGAACACAAACCAAGCCGGCACACAGGGCGAACCAAAGAUCGCGUGAAACAGCUCAUGCGCACCAUGUCGCGGCAGCUGGACGAAAUCACAGAAUACCCCUCGGGGAUUGUCGUUGACCUUGAGGACAUUUGCACUCUCAUCGACCGCCUCACGGACAGGAUCUCCAUCAUUGCCGACGGGCAGAAGCGAUGUCGACAAGCGGGCAUCAAGCAGGAACACCCCCGAAAAAGAGUGAAGACACUGGCCCCGUCGAGACUGCGGCUGUUCCCUGUGCGCGGCCGUAGGGGAGGCAAGAAGGCGGCAAGCACUCGGGAGGGCGCUAGGAAACCGCUGUUUCAUGAUGCGUGGCAACCGAAGUCGGACUCAAAUGACGCGGAGCCCGCAGGUGCGCCACUCGCUGUCUCCCUUCUGCAGUCACUGAUGGCACCCACGAGCAGCAAGCCCUCAAAACAUCAAGCAGAUGAGCAGGAACCAGAGAACAAACAACAACAACAACAGGUGCCUCAACAACAACAACAAGAGGUGCCUCAACAACAACAACAAGAGGUGCCUCAACAACAACAACAAGAGGCGCCUCAACAACAACAACAACAACAGCAACAACAACAACAACAACAACAACAACAACAACAACAACAACAACAACAACAACAACAACAACAACAACAACAACAACAGCAGCAGCAGCAGCAGCAGCAGCAGGUGCCACAACAACAACAACAACAACAACAACAACAACAACAACAACAACAACAACAACAACAACAACAACAACAACAACAACAACAACAACAACAACAACAACAACAACAACCACAGGUGCCUCAACAACAACAACAACAACAACAACAACAACAACAACAACAACAACAACAACAACAACAACAACAACAACAACAACAACAACAACCACAGGUGCCUCAACAACAACAACAACAACAACAACAACAACAACAACAACAACAACAACAGCAGCAGCAGCAGCAGCAGCAGCAAGCCCAAGAGGAAUGUCAAUAUCAGGCACCAAACCCGCGCAACCGCGAGAAGAUGGUGGGUGGCCGAAGCUCGGUUGCCUCUGUCGACAUGACUCCGACCAAACCACGACCUGGCGAUCUGCCCAGUCCUUUCAGCCAAGCAAGCUGA